GGGAUUGCAGGAUAUUUAAAACUAGACUUCCUAUUGGUUCCACGACGAUCUUAUCGCAGAAUCUGCAAAUGGCCCCGGAAAAUCGAUGGUGUACUCCUUCAAACCAAAACAUUUUCUUUCAUUCACCCAAUCAGAUCAUUCGUAAAUUCUCUUAUUCCGUGAUUUCAGUUGAGACAUUGACCAAGUGAUAUCAACAACAAUAUUUCCCUGGAAUACUGCCAUCUUCGAAUUCUCGUCAUUCAUAUUUAUAUAUCAUCCAUCUCAUCAACAUUGUCGAUGCGCUCAAACUACACUCAACCCAGAAGGACAAAGAUAUAAUUCACAGCCAUCAUGAUGUCGCUACUGGCCUUAUCUCACGAUUUAUCCGUACAAGAAGCGUUAUCGGGCAUCUUUGGAAGUGUCAGCUUAGCAACUUGGAUCUUUUUGCUGGUACCACAACUUAUUUUGAACUACCGGUCUCAGAGUGCCGAUGGAGUAUCAUUGGCCUUCUUGACGGUGUGGUUUAUUGGCGAUGUUACGAAUCUUGCUGGUGCAAUCUGGGCCGAUCUUGUCCCUACAGUAACUGUUCUGGCCAUCUAUUUCUGCAUUGCGGACUUUGUACUUAUCUCACAAUGUUUAUACUACAACAAAAUCAACGCUCAGAAACGCCAAGAAGUGGAAUCCAAUGCCCCAACGGAAGAGGAUCCUCUUAUUGCUCGUCGACGAAGUAACAGCAAUAUUGGACUUCCAGGAUCGCACAGGAGACGCUCCUCAGCGAUGAGUGGAAGUCAACAUCAUGAAGAUACCUUGACCAAGAUUUUGGAAGAAGAUGAUUCACCAGAUGCAAAUGCUUGGGUGAAGAAUAUUGCUAGCAUUUUAUUGGUCAUUGCUGCUGGAACAGCUGGGUGGGCUAUUGCUUGGAGAAGUGGUGUCUGGACGCCUACACCAGAGAAUGGAGGCGACGUUCCCAAGACGAAUGACGUUGCUGUUGGAGCAGAGGUACUAGGAUACUUCAGUGCGAUUUGCUACCUCGGUGCUCGAAUUCCCCAAAUAUUGAAGAACUACAAGGAGAAGUCUUGUGACGGUCUCGCACUCCUUUUCUUCCUUCUCUCAUUGAUGGGAAACCUAACGUAUGGUGCUGGCAUUCUCUUCCAUUCAUUGGAGAAAGAGUAUCUCAUCAUCAACACCCCAUGGCUUAUCGGAUCUUUGGGAACGAUUGUUGAAGAUGCAGUUAUCUUCCUUCAAUUUAGAAUGUAUGCGCCAAAGCCAAGUUCAACAGCUGCUGUUGAAUAGGCGAAGUAUAUGAUGAACGAGUACAAAUUGUAUUUGGGG